CCGGCCCGGGAGACAGCGCCAAGCCCCGCUGCUGCUCGGCCGCCGCCGCCCUCCGUCGGUCCGGCUGCCCCGCACACACCCGCGGCCGGCCAUGCAGCCCACCGAGCCCUGGAGCCCCGGGUGGGCGCCGGUGUCCUGGGACUACUCGGGCUCGGGCGCGCUGGCCGAGCUGGAGCUGUGCCCCUCCAGGGACCUGCCCUACGGCUACGCCUACAUCCCUGCGCUCUACCUGGCGGCCUUCGCCGUGGGCCUGCUGGGCAACGGCUUCGUGGUGUGCCUGCUGGCCGGGCGGCGCGGCCCGCGGCGGCUCGUGGACACCUUCGUGCUGCACCUGGCGGCCGCCGACCUGGGCCUGGUGCUCACGCUGCCGCUGUGGGCCGCGGCGGCGGCGCGCGGGGGCCGCUGGCCCUUCGGCGAGGGCCUCUGCAAGCUGAGCUGCUUCGCGCUGGCCGCGUCGCGCUGCGCGGGCGCGCUGCUGCUGGCCGGCCUGAGCGUCGACCGCUACCUGGCCGUGGUCAGGCUGCUGGACGCGCGGCCGCUGCGCACUCGGCGCUGCGCGCUGGCCGCUUGCUGCGGCGUGUGGGCGGCGGCGCUGCUGGCCGGCCUGCCGGCGCUCGUCUACCGCGGGCUGCAGCCGCUGCCCGGCGGCGGGGGCAGCCAGUGCGGGGAGGAGCCCUCGGACGCCUUCCAGGGCCUCGGCCUGCUGCUCCUGCUGCUCACCUUCGUGCUGCCGCUGGCCGUCUCCGUCUUCUGCUACUGCAGCAUCUCGCGCCGCCUGCGCAGGCCGCCGCACGUGGGCCGCGCCCGCAGCAACUCGCUGCGCAUCAUCUUCGCCGUGGAGAGCACCUUCGUGGGCUCCUGGCUGCCUUUCGGCGCCCUGCGGGCCGUCUUCCACCUGGCGCGCCUGGGGGCACUCCCGCUGCCCUGCCCUCUGCUGCUGGCGCUUCGAUGGGGCCUCGCCGUCGCCACCUGCCUGGUCUUCGUCAACAGCUGCGCCAACCCGGUCAUCUACCUCCUGCUGGACCGCUCCUUCCGCGCCCGGGCCCGGCACGGGCUGUGCCAGCGCGCGGGCCUCGGGGGGCGCAGGGUCAGCUCGGCCUCCUCGCUCUCCAGAGACGACAGCCCGGUGUUCUGGGGCCGGCCGCACGGCGCCAGCACCCUCUCGUGCGUCCUGUAGCUGCCUCCCCGGGCCGGUGGAGCCUGAGGCCCUUGGAGAUGGAACAGACAGCAGCCUGGACGCCGACGGGUUCGCGGAGCAGAGAAGGGAAGUGGUUUGGAGCGCGCAGCACGAGGUCCCACCCAGACCCGCGGAGUCCCCCUCUUGGCUGUGCUGCAAGUCAGACCCUCUGGCGUCUCUCUGAUACACAGAACCUGGCAACCAAGCGAUCAAGAUGACUGUGCGCUCACCUUGCAGCUGCGCCGGCUUCGCCAUGAGUCACCAUCAACUGUGAUUUUCAUUUUCUCAGCUCCCCAAAGUCUCGGGACCUGGCCCUGGUGUGAAAUGCCCACGUGGCCCCCUGGACCUUGCCCCGAACUGAGCCAUCAGCCUGCCCAAGAUGGUGACUGCCUCCUCUCCCGAAGCCACAGGACUCUCCCUGGACGCGGUCCUGGCCCUUCCCUCUGGACAGGGGGGCUCCGAGCCUGUGGCCAUGCAUUGGCUUCCUGCAUCCUGGCCCGAGCACCCCAGAAUCUCCCUUGUGGCUGUGCCCCCUCAAUAAACACUUCUGCUGACCCCAGCCUGGCAGCGCCUCUUGGCUUGAGCAGUGGGCGCGGAAAGAGUGUCAGGAGGCGGGGGUGGCGCCAGGGUCCGGUGAACCUCAACCCCAGAGUUCAGGCUGAGCCGGG